UCGAGCAAAUUAGCGACUUCUUUCGGAAUAGUUGUGAAUUACAAGAGAGUAGUUUAAAAAAAUAUCCGAUAAUCUCUGCAAUUACCAGUUUUCAAAACUCGUCGAAAGUACUGCGUUCUGCGACUGAUCGAAGAAUGAAUUUUUAAUACUUAUUUUCAAAUUGUGUUGAAAAGCGCGAAAUUGAAAUCAAAUUUAGUUCACAUCUCAAAAGUAUUCUAAUAAUUUCGGAUAUUUUUGAGAUUACGGAAAGACAUAUUCCAACUCCUAUUAUCUCCCGUCUGAUCUCUAAUGUUCUCUUGGUAAUUUGGACCAUUUGGACAAAGCGUCGUGCGCGAUAGAAAGUUAGACUAUCACCAAUAUUUCAUGACGAAUUAAAGGGCCACAAUAACAAUGGCUAAGGCAGCUGUGUAUAAUUACAUGAAAACGCAAAAUAGACCUUACAGCGUGAAUGACGUAGUCACAAAUUUACACAAUGAAUACAACAAAAAUGCGGUACAAAAGGCAAUGGAUCAAUUGGUGGCGGAUGGAAAGCUGUUCGAAAAGGUUUACGGCAAACAGAAAAUUUAUUGCGCUGUCCAAGAUUCAAAGUACGACACUGACGAGCUAUUGAGGAUCGACAAGGAAUUACAAAAUCAUGCCAAUGAGGUCGAAAACAAAUAUCAGGAAGUCGUGAAAGACAUGAAGGAACACGAGGCACUUUUGGCAUCUCUGAAGUCGAGUUUGACGUUGGAAGACGCUCAAAAAGAAAAGGCCGCGCUGCAACAAAGUGUAAAACAGUUGACGCAUAAAUUGGAUGAGUUGAUGGAAACGAAUGCUUCUGAGGACUUGCAAGAGUCUAAACGGAAGGCGCAAGAGAAUCUGGACGAGUACUCGCGCGAAUAUUUAAAGAGAAAGAAGAUAUGUAUGGAAAUCAUAGACUGCAUUCUGGAAAAUUAUACUGGUAACAAAGAGGAACUGUACGAGGAAGUAGGCAUAGAUUCAACGACUGUAUAAUAAUCAGUGAUAAAAGAGUUCUUAGUUUUACAAGUUGCAAUUAUUAUAUUUAUUUUUCGUUUUCUUAUAUGUAAAUUUCUUAUACGUAACGUCAUAGAUAUAUUUAAUGAACGAAGUGAAAUGUUUUGCGUUGAAAUGAUUAACAUUGAAAUAUCAAAUUAUUAAUUUACAUAUAUGUAUAAAAAAAUAUUUAUAAAUUUGACUGUUGCAAGAAUUACAUAUGAAAAUACUCGUGGUAGAUUAAAUAGAAUUACUUUAAGCUGUAUAAGUAGCAUGUCACGAUAUUAGUUGAUUUUUAAUUGUAGCAGACAAAUCAUUAUUUAUUUUGUGCGUUUAUAUUUUUUUACAAUGUGUUGCGUUAUAUAGGGCAUUUUGAAACUGUUAUAUUCUCUCUAAUCAUGGAUUUUCUCGAAUCAUGGAACUAAUAUUCAAGCCAGCAAUACACUUAAUUACUAUCUCUAAAAUUACAUUAAAAUUUAUACUGGGGAAAUGAAAGUAUUGAAAACUUUUAAUUUUAGGAAUUUAAAUCGGUGAAAAUUUAAUUUGCAACUGAGAAACAAAUUCCGCGUUAAAGUAGUGAUUAAAUUUUUGUAAUCGAAAAAUGCAAUUUUUGUUUGUCCAACAGUAUGUAACUGAGAGAGAAUAUGAUAGUUUUUGAAUUUUUGGUAUAUGAAAUUACAAUAUCCUUACAUUAUUACAACAAAUGUCUUCCUCAUGUCUUUCUUUGUAUUAUUUACAUGCCUAAACUACUAUGUACAAAUAAUUGAAAAUUUUCAAUCAGGAUAUAAUAUAUUCUUAAAAAAGAAUAUAAAAUAUAUUCCUAACAUAAUAUACGAAACAUAUAAUUUUAUUUUGUUAUGUAAUACCCCAUUAAAGCAGCAACAGCGUAGAAUGCAGCGGUAGUCAUAUCAGUGUGUACGGUGACCUGUAACAUAAAUUGGAAUAUUUAUUUUAAAAAGAAUUUAUUAUUUCCUGUGGAAUUUUAUUUUACUAGAAAAUGCGUCUACAUAUUAAGAAUAAGUGGUAAGAGUUAAAGAUUCAAAUGCAAUUACAAAAUGCGCAACAGUAAGUGAAGAUCGAACGUUUGUUUUCAUUAAUAAUACGAUUUAAAUGAAUUUCAAACACAUUCGCAUUUUUAUAAAUAUACUUUCAGUAAGUCGAUUUUACCUGAAUAACAUUGAUAUUUAUUUUCACGA